CGACAAACAGACUUGCUUCUGGAUUUGCUCAACGAUUUCUCCCCGUAAACCGCUGCAUCGUACAGAAGAGGAAAUUUAAUCCCAAAUGGCUGCAGAGAGUUUGAAUGAGGAUCAGAUUGCUGAAUUCAAAGAGGCGUUCAGUCUAUUUGACAAAGAUGGAGAUGGCUGUAUCACGACAAAAGAGUUGGGAACUGUGAUGAGGUCACUAGGUCAGAAUCCAACAGAAGCCGAAUUACAAGACAUGAUCAACGAGGUGGACGAAGAUGGUAAUGGAACAAUCGAUUUUGCUGAAUUUCUAACGAUGAUGGCCAAAAAGAUGAAAGACACCGAUUCAGAAGAUGAAAUACGUGAAGCAUUCCAGGUUUUUGAUAAGGAUGGAAACGGUUUCAUAAGUGCAGCUGAAUUGAGGCAUGUGAUGACAAAUUUGGGGGAGAAAUUAACCGAUGAAGAGGUAGACGAAAUGAUCAGGGAAGCAGAUAUUGAUGGUGAUGGACAAGUUAACUAUGAUGAGUUUGUGAAGAUGAUGACCACAAAGUGAAAAUCGUUAAACUCAUCUGCUCACCGAGAUUGAAGACAAUGCAUUGUUAUUUUACAGUUAUCGUCAGGUGCAUCUGACACAUCUUUCAUUUGUUUCCAAACGUGUAUGUGUACAUGAGUGUGUAUUAUACAUACACACUACCACUAACAAACAUGCUCAAGGACUCAAAUGUUUCCUUUUAAACAGCCAUCUCUCUAUUUAUUGUCUAUUUAUUUAUGAGAGAACACCGUUCUGUUCCCCCAAAUCAUCUAUGAUACUAGUAGUACAACUUGACCCCUAUCUGUCUUAAGAUGCUACUUUUAUAUUGUGGCCUAUCUAUAAGAUUCCACCGUUUUAUACUGUGACCUGUCUUAAGAGACCACCGUUUUAUACUGGGCAUGUCUUAAAAGGUCAUUGUGUUAUACUGUCCUGUCUUAAGAGGACACUUAUAAUGUAGCCUGUAAUAAGAGGUCACUGGUUUUUAAUGUAGCUUGCAAUAAGAGAUAACUGUUUUAUACUGUGACCUGUAAUAAGAGAUAACUGUUUUAUACUGUGACCUGUAAUAAGAGAUCACCGUUUUAUACUGUGACCUGUAAUAAGAGAUCACCGUUUUAUACUGUGACCUGUAAUAAGAGGUCACUGUUUUAUACUGUGAACUGUCUUAUGAGACCCUCGUUUUCUACUGGGCAUGUCUUUAGAGGUCAUUGUUUUAUACUGUGGCGUAUAAUAAGAGGUCACCAUUUUAUACUGUAGCUUGUCUUAAGACGUCACUAUUUUAUACUGUGGCUUGUCUUAAUAGGUCACUGUUUUAUAUUGUGGCCUGUAAUAAGAGAUCACUGUUUUAUAAUGUGGCCUGUCUUAAGUGGUCAUUUACAUACUGUGGUCUGCAUUUAGACAUUAGUCUGUUAUACAUUAAAUGCUAGAUUUUCAGACAAAUUUGUUUUUAAAAUGGGGGAAGAGUGAAAUUCUGGUGGUUUUUUUAUAUUAACACUACUGGAAAUAAUGCAUAUCAAGCAAAAAACAUUUUCAAUAAUAAAACAGGAUGGUGGAUGAAACAGGAGUGGGGA